CGUCAUAUAUUCAUUCAACGGUAAUUUGGCUCUCUCUCCAUUCCCACCGCCCUAAUCAGGCCAUCGCCUGCUAGAGCAGCUUUGGAAUUUCAAUCGAUGUUCUGCGAUUCAACUUGGUGGUUUUCCAUGAUUCAACCACACACUGAUUCAACAACAACAACUGAUUAAAUUCGAAGAAAGCAAGUAAUGGCGGCCGUCAAGUUCAAGUCGAACUCAAUCGUUAAUCGUGCUAAGGAGGACCCUAAGAUGGGCAAGAAUGGAGGGCUAAGAAGUUUUCACAUUUACUCGGAUGAGAAGAGGGUUAAGGAUGGAGGCCACAUUUCUUGCAUUACCAGAUCCAAGAAAUCCUCACUGUCUAAUAGUACUGUCAUGCAGAACAACACUACUUCGAAGAGGAAGCUGGAGAAAAGUAAAAGCAAGCAUGGUAGUGGAGUUAAAGUUGGAAGAAAAGUUCUGGCCGAUAUCAGCAACACAAGGAGCCAUAUUUCUGUUCAGCUCGGACAAAAAGUGUUGCCUGAUAUUAGCAAUACCAAGGGAAGCAUUUCAAGAACUGAAUAUCAUGAUGGAACCACACAACAGAAGACUGAUGCAAAGAAAUUUCCUUUCCUUCGGCGGAGUUCUGUUUUUACUAGGACUACAACUGCGCAUAUAUCAUCAAGAAAACCAUCGAUGGCAAAGAUGACAGUGGGCCUAGCUGAAGCUAGUGGGAAGCAUGAUAGAUUUAUGAGAGGAAGUGUUGCAGCCAACAAAGAUUUGAAGGCUGCUGCUGAUGAUCCACGAGCCAAGGCCAAAAGCCAUGCAGCUGCUAUCACUGGAAACAGGACAACUGGCAAGAAUUCUCUCCUGCCACUAAGGAAGUCUUUGCCAGCAUUAAAGCGGGCUAACAUUGUCAAUACAGUUGAUGCAAAGAAGGGACCCAGCACUAAAUCUUUUACCACUAGAAGCCGGAAGUCUCUGCCAACAUUAAAGGACCCAAAUGCAAUGGAUAUUAGCAAUAUAAAGAAGGAAAAUGCCAAAGUUUUGGAGAAAGGGAUACACAAGAAAAGAUUUGGAGUUUCAGCAAAGUCCAGUUUCGGACGACACACUUUGCCUCAAGAAAAUGCCGAGAGCUUAAAUAAGAGGAUUGGAAAACAUGGGUUUCCAGUUUCAGCAAAGCCCAAGGUUGGUAGAAGCAUAUUACCACAACUCCCACAAAUGGCUGCACGAUCGAAAGAAACACAUUGCCAGAGCAGCUCAAAUGCUCAAUAUGUCAUUUCAUCCCAGCAGAAACAAUUACUUGGCACAUCUUCUCUUUGUAAAUAUAUUGGUCCAAUACAUUCUAAGCUGCCUUCAGAAGUUGCUCCUUCCAACAACAGCCAUGACUUAUCUACAUCUGAAGCUGAUAUUUUAACGAGGAAAUCGUCUGCGCGGAGAAAAUCUUUCACAUCUCUAUUGGUGACAAGACCAAAGCAAUGGGAGGAGCAAACAAGGCUAAUGGAACAAAAGUAUUUGCCAAAGAUUUACGAUGAUUAUAACCAUCUUGACGUCUCUGAAUAUGUUGAUGACAUCUAUCAGUAUUAUUGGGUUAUGGAGGCUCAGCAUCAUCCUCUGAGAAGAUACAUGGAGAUUCAAACAGAAAUUACACCUCAUAUGCGUGGCAUAUUAAUAAAUUGGCUUAUCGAAGAGAAGGCUGUUUUAAAGAAGUUAAUGUUUCGCCUAAAUGCACCAACUCCUUAUGUUUUCAUGCUACGGUUUCUCAGGGCCUCCCAAGCAGACAAAAAGUUUGGACAUCUAGCAUUUUUCUUGGUCGAGUUGUGCUUGGUUGAAGAUGAAGCUCUGAACUACAAACCUUCUCUGAUAUGUGCAUCGGCUAUCUACGUCGCACGGUGUACAUUGCACAUGACCACAACCUGGACGCCCAUGCUUGAGAGUCACGCACGCUAUGAAGAAUCUCAACUUAGUGAUUGUGCAGAGAUGAUCUUGAGAUUUCAUAAAGCUGCAAGAACGUCUCGUCUGAGUGUCACAUUUGAGAAAUAUAUGAGGUCUGCGUACAGCAAAGUGGCAGCUAUAAACCCCUUGAAAAAAUUACCGCAAUGAUAAUUGUCAAGUCUGCUGCACACGUAAUUAGACUAAAAAUCCAGACGGUGUUUAUCCUUCUUUAGAGUAUGUAAUCACAUUGUAGUGAAUGUAAGCACAACUUAUUUGAACUUUCUUAGGUUUAGGAUUAAG